AGCAUAUUAAAAAUUAUCCCAAAAUGGAAUAUCAUAAAUUAGUUAUUUCGCUAUUGGUGUUGGGCUGUUUGUAUAAAUACUCGACUGGAUACGUACCCGAUCUUCCCGCUGACAUACAAAAAUGCACGAUUGCGGAUGAAAGGUGUCUAUUAGAUGGCAUGAACUAUGUGAUCAGGCAUUAUGCCGCAACAGGCAGCAAAGAGCUGGGUCUAGUCCAACUAGAUCCGCUACGUAUUAAAAAGUUAAGCCUUGGCAAGAAUCCAAAUAGUCCGGUUAGCAUUGAUCUCAGCUUUUCCAACGCGGAUUUGAUCGGUCUCAGUGAAGCGCAAGUCCAGCGGGUAUCCGCCUUCACCAGCGAUCUUAGUCGUCCCAUUGUAUUUGAUAUGGUUUCCCCCAAAGUAACGCUUAAGGGUCCAUACAGCGUAGAGGGCAGGGUAUUGAUAUUGCCCGUUGUCGGAAAGGGCAAUGCUCAAAUUGUCCUCGAAAAUUGUCAGGUGCAUGCUGUCGUGAAAUUGUCACCCGUGUCCAAGGGUGCUCACCAGACAUAUGCGGAGGUCACCGAAGUAAAGAUGAAGUUGGAGCCAUCGCGUGUUACCUACAAGCUAGACGGUUUAUUUAAUGGCCAGAAGGAACUAAGCGAAAACUUGCAUGCGCUCAUUAACGAAAACUGGCGUGAGGUAUUUAAUGAACUUAAGUCAGAUAUAUCUGGCGCUAUGGGUCUGAUCUUCAAAGCUGUUCUGAAUAAAACCAUUGGUAAUCUGCCGCUCGAGCAGCUCUUCUCAGAUUUUUAAGUUUAGACAGUAGUUUGCAUUUCUUUGUUGAGCUUAGUUAAAUUUAUUUUUAU